UCCAGCAAUUCGCGAAUUUUACUCAUCCAUACAUCUAUACAUUCAUGAAAUAAUCAGUAGCUUUCUGUAUUUCCUUUAGACGGACAUCGCGUCUGCGAUUUCGCUAAAUACAAACGGUUUUUAAUUGCCAAAAGCUGAAUUCCCACGGAAAAUAACCUAAAAAUGUCGUUAAGAGGUCGCUUGUGCGUGUUCUAGUGUUAAUUUGAGAGUGUUUUAUGACGAAAAUGAAUGGAUAAUCUAAGCAAAUAUUCGAUGACAACGAAGAAUAAUGAGGCUAUGCUCGAAGCUGUGUUGAAUGUAAGGUAUUGAUGAUUGCGAGGCGGACACGCUGGCCGGUGAUGUGGCGAGAAUAUGUUGCGCGAGUGGCGCUGCUUCCUGGUCCUGCUGAACGCUGUCGCCGCUGUGUCGCCCGUCAUUAAGAUUGGAGCAAUAUUCACAGAGGAGGGGCGCGGGGGGAGCGCAGAGCUGGCCUUCAAAUACGCCGUGUACAGGAUCAACAAGGAACGGAGUCUGUUGCCCAAUAGCACGCUUGUCUACGACAUACAGUACACGGCUGCGAGGGAUUCUUUCAGAACUUAUAAGAAAGCCUGUCUCCAGAUAAAGUCGGGAGCGGUCGCUAUAUUCAGCAGCGCGGGUCCCUUGCUCGGUUCCACGUUGGGCGCCAUGUGUCGAACUCUGCACACCCCGCAUUUUGUGGUGGCGGUUCAGAGAAUGUUUACUCGCAACGAAACCAACGAAUUCACAGUUAAUUUGUACCCCGCAAGGGAGCUGGUGAACAAGGCUUUCCUGGAUCUGAUCAGUUAUCUCAACUGGACAAAGAUUGGGCUCAUUUAUGAGGACUACGGAUAUGGAGAGUUGAACGUCAUGAACAUAGCGCGUGAUGGUCGCAACAUGUUUGCGGUUAGAUGCUCUGGCGCACACGAGUACAGACACGCCUUGGCUUUGUUAAAGGCCCAAAGUAUUGGCCACAUCAUUGUGGACACUGAGCCUAAAAAGUUUAGGCAGCUGGCGAGAGCGAUUCUACAGUUGCAAAUGAAUAACGAGGAUUACCAUUAUAUUUUCACUUCGUUUGACAUGGAACUAUUCGAUCUCGAAGAUUUUUAUUACAAUCGCGUGAACAUGAGCGGUUGGCGGCUCGUGGACCGCGGUUCAGACAAGGUCAAAGACGCACUGCAGGUCAUGGAGAAGUUCCAUCCGAUCGGGGCCAGCAUACUCAGCGGGGGGCAUAUUAAGACAGAACCAGCGUUAUUAUACGAUGGUGUGCAGAUAUUGGCGCUGGCGCUAUCGUCCACAGAUGAUUACAGUCCAUCCAACGUUUCGUGUGACGUCGAGACCCCAUGGGUCCAUGGGAAGACGUUAAUGGACAACAUUAAUAAGAUCCAAGCGCAUGGGUUAACUGGCCCUAUUGAGUUUGAAAACGGACAACGGACGAACUUCUCCCUUCAGCUGAUGAGGCUGUCCGGGGGCGAGAGGGGGGGUGUGGUCAUGUCCGGCCACUGGGUCCCAGGCGGGGGGCUGGGGGUCACUGACCCCGCCGCUUACAGGAGGGACCCGCCCCCCAAUGUCACACUAACUGUUGUCACUGUUGAGGAAAAACCAUAUGUGAUGGUUAAAGAGGGUUGGAAUCUUCAAGGGAACGCACGAUUCGAAGGGUUCUGUAUAGAUUUACUAGCUCGAGUGGCUGCGAGAGCUGGUUUCCAUUACAGGCUGCGGUUGGUCCCCGACAAUAUGUACGGCGCCAGGGACCCUGACAGCGGACAGUGGAAUGGGAUUGUCAGGGAACUGAUGGAUAGGAAAGCCGAUAUAGCAGUGGCCUCUAUGACUAUAAAUUAUGCGAGAGAAGCAGUGAUUGAUUUUACAAAGCCUUUUAUGAAUCUUGGUAUAGGGAUAUUGUUCAAAGUACCGACGUCUCAGCCCACACGUCUGUUUAGCUUUUUGAACCCAUUAGCUAUAGAAAUAUGGCUGUAUGUGUUGGCUGCUUACAUACUGGUUUCGUUUACUUUGUUCGUCAUGGCGCGAUUCUCGCCUUACGAAUGGUCUUCCAGCACCCGCGUCUGCGGCCACGAGACAAAAUUGUUGACCAAUCAGUUCAGUGUCUGUAAUUCCUUUUGGUUUAUCACCGGGACUUUCCUGAGACAGGGAUCUGGACUCAACCCGAAGGCAACCUCCACCCGAAUCGUUGGCGGUAUAUGGUGGUUCUUCACCCUAAUUAUCCUGUCGUCAUACACUGCGAACCUGGCGGCGUUUCUGACUGUGGAGAGGACGGUGUUGCCGAUACAAAGCGCGGCGGACCUCGCGGCGCAGACCAACAUACAGUACGGAACACUCAAUGGAGGCUCCACUAUGACCUUCUUCAGGGAUUCCAACAUAGAUAUUUACCAGAAGAUGUGGCAGCAUAUGUCCACAGCGUCCCCGCCGUCGCUGGUCCCCUCGUACGAGGAAGGGGUCCGAAGGGUUCUGAAUGGGAACUACGCGUUUCUGAUGGAGUCCACUAUGCUGGACCACAGGGUCCAGAGGGACUGUAAUCUGACUCAGAUCGGAGGCUUGCUGGACUCCAAGGGCUAUGGUAUAGCGACGUGGAAGGGUAGUCCUUGGCGUGACAAGAUCUCCCUCGCGAUACUAGAACUGCAAGAGAAGGGGGUCAUACAAAUAUUGUAUGACAAGUGGUGGAAGAACACGGGUGACGUUUGCAACAGAGACGGCAAGGACAGCAAGGCCAACCCACUCGGAGUUCAGAAUAUUGGUGGAGUUUUCGUGACCCUGCUCUGUGGUCUGGCGCUGGCCAUCAUGGUGGCCAUUUUGGAAUUCUGCUGGAACAGCAAAAAAACCGCCGCUCAGGGACGCCAGUCGUUGUGCAGUGAGAUGGGGCAGGAGCUGCGCACGGCCAUGCGCGGCGGCGCGGGCUGCGCGCGCUGCGAGCCCGCGCACGUGCCCGCCGCACGGUACGAGAUACAAGACACUGGUCGGAGCAGCGUGGAGCUGCGCGAGCUGCGCUCGUAGCGGCGCGCCGGGCCGGCCUCCGCGCCGGCCUCGCCCGCGCCUCGCCCGCGUGCGACCUGUUUGCAUAAUUCAGUAGGAUCCCUGCGGCGCACGACAUCGUAUGUUCUAAAAGAGCCAGGCAAGAAACACGUGCAGAUUAUCGCUUAGUUUUCAAAAUGGUUUUAAACAGAGACUUCCUAUCUCAUACUGUCUCACUUCUAUCACACUCGGACGCGGCCAAUCACAGUGCGGUAUUGUCACGUGAUUUUCUAAAAGUGACAACAAGCAAUGUGAUUGGCGGAGAGGCGCGUGGUGGUGUCUUUGUUUAAAAUGUGUAUUAACGAUUUAUUAAUGUUAUUUAAAUGCGAUAGCGAUUUUAUUUGGCGAAUUAAGGUUAUGAAAUUAAAUUUAUGAUUAUACAGUUCUGGAAAUAUAUAAUUUUAAACUUAUACAAUAUUAUAUUAUGAUUUAACUUUGGCUUUGAAUUCAAUUAAUUGAACUUCAGAUAUAUUUGGUACCAUUAUUUUUAUUAAAAUGUUAAUAAAUUAUUUAGGUAUUAUAACGAUAAGAUUUGCCAAAUAAAAUAUUAAGUAAAAUAAGCGAAAAUAUACAAAUACUAUUGUGUUCUAUUAAUGUAUAUAAAUUUAUAUACGUACGUAUACAAAAAUAUAUUUAAAAGACUACAGAAUGAAAAUUCGAAAUUUUGCAGCUAAAAUUAAAACUUAAUCUUGUUUAAAAGUAUGCAUUUGUAAUAUUUUUGUAAAUAUAUAUAAUUUUUUUAAGUAAUACAAAUAUGUUAAUUAUGAAACGGAUGUUAGAUACCUGCCCCACUUUUCAGGUACACAAAUAAAAAUUAAAACAAAAAGUAAAAGUCUUGAUAAAUUAAAUUAAAUGUUGAUCUUUUAAUUAAUUGUGAGCGUUUUUAUUAUUAUAACAUAUUCAGGGUUACUGGCAUCAAACGCAAAACCUCCUAAAGACUACUCGGGUACAUCAAAACAAGCAACUUUUAUUCUACGAGUUUUCGUGAUUCGUAGUGUUUUUUUUAAUGAAAAAAAAUCCAAUCUAAUUUGCGAUUCUACACAUGUUCACUGUAUGCAAUAGCCGAGCGACACGAGACAGUACGGUAGCGUUAUGUAGCGGAAUCGAACAUAGAGUUAACGUUUUAUAGAAAAGACAUUAAAACUAAAAAAAAUGUUUUUUUUUUGUAUGUUUUACGUUUAUACAAAAGUCGUGGGACAAAAAAUGUUAGUCUCUAUGUACCUUAUGCGCCUUUGGAAGGUUAUGCGUUAGACACCAGUAACCCUGUAUAUUAUUAAUUAGUUAUUCGAUAAAUUACAUAAUUAAUUCAUAAUAUGUAUAGAUGAGUAAAUAUUUCAUUAAAAAGUUACCUAUCAAGACUUUUAGCUUCAUAUUGUGUUACCUUUUUUAAUAAAAAAAGGUGUAUUUCGUUAAAAAACUGUACGGUUCACAGGCGGUCUACAUGUUGCCAAGUCCCAAAUCUCCAAAUCAAAAAUUAUUCAGAAAUUAGGCCUUCACAGGCACUUUUUCACGUCAUAUUCUAAAUUAAUUGGUGUUUACCAAAGCUACAAACUACUAGCAUUUCGGAACGACCAUUGCUGAGAAGAAAUGCCGAAAGAAACUCAUUCAAACAGUGUUGGUCCCUAAUAUGUCAGAAGGGCUUACCAUUUUUUUAAUAUGAAUUUAUGUAUAUUUUUUUAUCGCUAAUAUAACAAUGUAAGCACACAAUGAAGUACAUGGUCAAAAGGUAUACUGAAACAUAUUAUUAUUGUGAUUAAGUGCUGAUGAAAGGAAAAUAUAUAUGUAUAAUUAACCAAACAAAAAGAAACUUUUAAUAAAAGACCGAGCUGACUAGUUCCCCCCCACCCGUUCACGAGUUGACGCAUGAGUCAGCCAUCGCGAAGCUCAACCACAAUAGAGGGAACCUCCCGACCCGAUCCACGACGCCGCUACCGGUUUGACCAUUUGAGUGUGCAUGACAUACUCGAUCUCUAUAAUCUAACAUAAUAGAUACCUAUGUUAUCUCAGGAAACAGAUGAACCAACAAAUGUAGACAUAAUAUAACCACAAGUCUACGGUAAGCUACAUGCGAUUGCCAACCCGGAAUAUUACGACAGCUGUCGUGCUAGCACGCCGAUAUCAGUUCCUGACAGCGAAACUGUGCACUUUAAUCUUGUGAUGCAAAAUACGAUAGAUUUUUAGUUUGUGCUCGAGAUAUUUGUGAAUAAUAUUUAUAUAUGCCUGAAACACAAGAUGCUUUUUCUUCCUAGCUCAGGCGGCAACCUUUGUUUUAAAUUUUAGAUCUGUUGUAUAACUUUUUUUUUUAUGUGACAUGAGUAAUUUUUUUAAAGACAUAUUAGUUUAUUUAUUGUUAUGGGAUAUGAAGUUAGAUGACAAAUGUGUAUUAUUUCCAAAUGUUGGUAAAAUAAUUUUUUAAUAAUGGUAUGUUUGACAGAAAUAUUUCUUUUGACACAUUUGCUUGCAAAUAAUUGAGAGGCUACGUCGGUCUAAUCGCAUGGUCUAAUCUAAUUAAAAAAUGUUAUUGCGUGAACAGUCUUUUGUAGAACUCAGUUUUCGUUUAGUUUUGAUUGUCAUAUAUAUAUAUAUUUAUCUGUCCUUAGGUGAAUUUCACGACUGUUUGAACGCGGCGUGUAGCGUUUCAUUAAUGUCACACGUUUUAUUUUAUUUAAUUCAUUUAUAAAAUUAACAUUGUACCAGUACUUUGCUUAUUUAUAAAAUAGGAUAAUUAAAUUGCUUAUUACUGUGUACGGUACAAUUUAAUAAACACUAAUGACAGCCGCCCGCGGCGAAGUUAAAUGAAUUUAAAUACUUUACAUAUAUUUUAUGUAAUGACAGAAUGUCAGACACAGACCUAUAAAAUACAUAUAGGUCUGUGUGUGUCACAUUGAAUUAAAAGAUUUUUCUGUAUAUUUAAGUUAUAUGUUGAAAGAUAAAUUAAUGAUAAGUUUAUUUUAAAAUGUCGAUUUUGUUCAUUCUAUUUAAAUAGUGUUAAAUUUUAACCUCGUUUACACUGUAUAUUGUACGGCAAGGUUGUGCGCCCCUCAACAGUACAUCACAACCUCAUUACUGAUGCCCCACCGUUGUAACUAACUAUUAAACGUCCGUACUCCGCGCUGUUCCGCAAGCGACUGAGCCCCGCUCCAGUGCUCUUCACGAUAGUAGAUGGUAAAUAAUAAUAAUAAUUUAUUUUAUUUAAUAAUUCUUUAUUUUCUCACCAUAACCACAAAAACGUAAUACAACACAAAUUAAGACUUAAGUAUAACAAUGUGUCUUAAUUAUAAUAUUGGGUUGGAAUUAAUUUAUUAAACAAAGGUAUUUGGAAAUCGCCUUUUAUUUCGAGAUUGACAUUGGCAUAAGUGACGCGCCGUGCGUUCCGUUAUACUCUUAUAUUGUAGGUUACACACUGAACCGUGUUUCAAUAUUGAUAUUAUGACAUACUAUAUACCGUGUCAAUCUCCACAUUGACGUUGGCAAAAUCAUCGUUUUGCCGGACGAUGGAGCCAUGACACUUAAAAAAAAAACAGUGGGAAAAAGUGUAGGUAUCAGGUUUUAAUUUUAUAAUUUUUAUAUACUCUUAUAUUGUAGGUUACACAUUGAACCGUGUUUCAAUAUUGAUAUUAUGACAUACUAUAUACCGUGUCAAUCUCCACAUUGACGUUGGCAAAAUCAUCGUUUUGCCGGACGAUGGAGCCAUGACACUUUAAAAAAAAACAGUGGGAAAAAGUGUAGGUAUCAGGUUUUAAUUGGUACUAAAAUAAUUAUAAAAAGUAAAGAUUUGUAUUUCUGUUCUUUGUUUUUUGAGUAUUCAUAAAUAAUUUGUUCGACAGAAAGUUUACAGUAGUCUCAUUACAACCACGAAAUUCAGCUUCGUCACAAAGAUCAAUAGAACUACCUAUAUGAAUAUAAGGAACUAGAAAAUAUAUGGUAACAAGAAUAAUACGUUUUAAACUUUGAAUGUAUUUGUAAACGUGUUUGAAUAAUAUAACAAUGACGUUAUAUUAUUCAAAUAGUGAAAUAAAACGUAUUUUAAGAGUGAAUGUUGUUAUACAUACGUAUAACAUAGCAGCGCAGGUUUAAUUAGAUACGAAAGUAUUAGAAAGGAUUUUUAGCGGAUUAUAUUUAUGAAAAACUUCCAUAAAAUAAUACACUUUUAUCUCUAAUGAAGUCUGCGCAGAUGGUCGCCAUUUUGGUUCAAUUUAAGUGCCCAGGAUUGUUUUUUAAUGCCAUUGUUUUAUCUUUCACGAUUAGCCCCCUAAUAUUACGAGUACAGCUGUCGGAUUUUGAUAAGAUUUUUUGUAGUUAGAUUGAUAUUAGAGGAAGUACCAGAGGAAGUUAUACUUUUAAUACAUCGUCAAUGUUUUGUCUAUACGCUCUGUCCAUGAUUCUGAACAACAUUCCGUAUGGGAAUAACUCCGAAAUCGCGAGCAAAAAAAAAAAAAACCAGCUGUUCUAUACAAAAAUAAACACCUAACUUGUGCAAAAUGUAUGGAUCACCUUUGUUUUCGCGAUUUCAAGGUUGCUUCCAUACGAAAAGUUGUUCAGCACUGUCGACUGAGCGUGUACAUACAACAAUGACAAUGUAUAAGAAAUCCUGUAUAGGGAUUUUUGGAACCUUUGGAUUGAAUAUGAUAACCUUUUUUUUUUACUAAUUAUUAAUUAUUUAUUGGUUUUCAUUUAAAUUCUACUUUUUCAAUAAAUAACAUGCAUAAUAAUAUAGCACCCGUAACGGGGCUGCAUUUUUUUUUUACUGAUUAUAUUUUUUUAAUAAUAUUUCUUUUUAUUGGUUGUAAUUUAAAUUGUACUUUAUUAAUAAAUAACGUAUACCUAUAUAGCACCCGUGCGAAGCCAGGACGGGUCGCUGGUGUGUCAUAGAAUUCCGGCACGAAAAUUAGCAAAAAAUCCAGUGAUUAAUAAAAUUCUCUUUUCAAUCAAAUAAGUGUACAAUAAUUUAAAUUGGGUAUUGUAUUAUUGAUAUAUGAAUGUGUGUGUAUUUGUGAUAUGUAUACGUGUCAACACAGACUGUUUUCGCACCGAUUUGUAUCUUAUUAUAAUAUAUUAUAAUGUUAGUAAACAAGACUUUUUCACCAAAGACUAACAAUAGUUUGAAGUUAUCGUGUCUUAUUAAUAAAAUAUAAUAAAUAUACCUAACAUUCGUUUAAAUAUAUAUUUUUUUUAUUAGAUUGAUGCCUUUUUUUGUGAAAUUCUUUGUGCAAUGAUUAUUCGACCAAAAUUUUUCUAGUGCAAACAGUUUAAUUAACAAAAAAAAAACGAAAAAACAAUCUUUUUUUUUAAAUA